AUGGUUCUCACUGGAAGCUGCAUGUGCGCCGAGCCUGCUGUAAAGGCAGUAUGCCACUGUCUGAAUUGCCAAAAGUUCAGUGGAUCUGCCUUCACUACAAAUUUUAUUAUUCCUCGAUCAGCCUUUAAGGUUGUGUUUGGUAGCCCCAAGUCUGGCGAGUAUUUAGCCGACUCCGGGUAUAAAUAUCAUACAUUCUUUUGCGGAGAUUGCGGAUCUUCUCUCUACGGCCAACCAGAGUCUUUGCCCGAAAUGAUGUCUAUCAAAGCCGGGUCGUUGGAUCCAGAGCAAGCACGGCUUGCAGAUGGGAAUAUUGAUGCUGAAGCUUUUGUCAAGCGGCGUGUGACCUACCUGAAGCCCAUUGACGGAGCGAGCCAAGUCGAAGGUAUGAUCCAGGCAUGA